AUGACCCUGCGGCAGCCACCCCCCGCCCUGAAAGGGGGCUCCCCCCCGGCUCUGUACAUACACCGCAUGCCUGCCUGGGUGCUGGAGGAUUUCUGCCAGAAGAUGGACUGCCUGAGCGACUACGACUGGAUGCGAUUCGCUUCCUACGUGAUCACUGAUCAAACAGAGCUACGGAAAAUCAAGAGCAUGGAGAAGACAGGGAUCAGCAUAACAAGAGAGCUGAUGUGGUGGUGGGGAGUGAGGCUGGCGACUGUACAGCAGCUCCUGGACCUGCUGCAAGCACUGCAGCUCUACCGAGCGGCACAAGUCAUUCUGGACUGGACAUCAGCCUCUAAUAUUACCAGCUCUGAAAAAGAAGAGCUGGUAAAGCCACCUAAACAGGAGAAUGUCUCUUCAACUCCCACAGAAAACAAAAAUAGAGAGAGAGAAAAUGAGAUAAGCCUAUUGCCAUCACCAGACUCUUCACAUCUGGGAGGAUCACCAGCAGGCAUUUCCGGUGCUGUCUCUGAAGGAUCCUUGUAUUCACUCCCUCCACCACCACCUCCCCCAAGAGACCUUCUGAAAUCCUUGCAGUCAAAUCCUCCUGUCUCAUCAAGUGUGAAGCCUUGCAGCUCGUCUAGUCCUCAGCAGGAGACAUUGACUGAUCUCCCCAGCGGGAGUCUUUUGUGGACCCAGAGGGAAGUUACUAAUGCCACAAAUGGUUUCAGUGACAAGAGUAGACUUUGUGAAGGUACUUUUGCGGAUGUCUACAAAGGUCAGAGGAACAACAUGGUGUAUAUCAUCAAAAGACUGAAAGAGACGGAAUGCACGAGCACAGAUUCCACCCAAAGAUUCUUUCAUACUGAAGUACAGAUUUGCUUUCGGUGUUGUCAUGUCAACAUUUUGCAGCUGCUGGGUUUCUCAGUGGAAACUGGAUUACACUGUUUGAUAUAUCCGUACCUGCCUAAUGGAUCACUACAAAACAAACUUCAUUGUCAAGAUGAUUCUGUUCCACUGACCUGGGAGGUGCGAAUUAGCAUUUCUAUAGGACUCAUCCGAGCUGUAGAGUAUUUACAUAAUUUUGGAAUUCUUCAUGGGAAUAUCAAAAGCUCAAAUGUCUUGUUGGAUGAAAACUUUAAACCAAAGCUUGGACAUUCAGGUCUGCGAUUGUAUUCUGUUGAUAAAAAAUCAGAAUAUGCUGUGAUGAAAACCAAAGUCCUACAAGCUUCUCUUACUUAUCUGCCAGAAGAUUUUAUCAGACAUGGGCAGUUAACAGAAAAAGUUGAUAUAUUUGGCUGUGGUGUG